AUGUGUUUAUGUCUUUCUGAUUUAUUUCUUAUUGUUCUUUCAGUUUUGUUCCCACCAUUACCGGUUUGGAUUAGAAGAGGAUGUUGUUCAUGUGAUUCAUUAAUUAAUAUUGCCUUAUGUAUGUUAGGUUAUUUCCCAGGAUUAAUUCAUUCAUGGUAUAUUAUAGCUAAAUAUCCUCCGUAUUAUUAUCAACAAGAACAUAAAGAUACAAUUUAUUAUGUGUAUAGAAGUGAUUUAGAAAAUCAAACUCCAAGAAGAUCUGGAAGGAAUGAAAGAGAUGCUUGUCAUCAUCAUCAUCAUCAUCAUCAUCAUCAACAUCACCACCAGAAUGAAUCACAAAAUGAAAGAUUAAUAGUUUCCAAUAAUCAUAGUAAUAAUAAUAAUAAUAAUAAUAAUAAUAACAAUUAUGGGUCAGUAGUGGAAGGUUCAUCAUCUUCAAAUUUGACCCCAGUGGCCCCUGUUCCUGUUGAAAAUGGAGCACCACCACCAGCUUACACUGAGAUUGAUAAUAAGACACAACAUUGA